UAGGCACUGUCAGAUCCAGCUUCCUGGUGCCAAGCAGCGUGGCCACCCUCCUAUCCUGAGCCACCAUGUGGUCAAUUGAUCAGGCUUUGUCUUUGAGCACCUUGAUCUGUGGGAUCCUGCUUCUCCUCAACUCAGGCCAGGGCCAGGACUCUGCCAGCCCCAUCCGGACCACACACCUGGGACAGGUGCAGGGAAGAUAUGUUCAUGUGAAGGGCACCAAUGUGGGUGUCAACACCUUCCUGGGCCUUCCCUUUGCCAAGCCGCCCCUUGGGUCACUGCGGUUUGCACCCCCUGAGCCCCCUGAAGCAUGGAAUGGUGUAAGGGAUGGGACCUCAUUCUCAGCCAUCUGUCUACAGAACACGGCUGAAGUGAAUGGAAUAAUCUACAUGCUGCUGAAUCUGACCCUGUCCCCAGCCAACAUGUCUGAAGACUGCUUGUACCUCAAUGUCUAUGCUCCUGCCCAUGCCCGUGAAGACGCCAAUCUGCCAGUAAUGGUGUGGAUCCAUGGUGGGGGCCUGGUGAUGGGCACGGCCUCUGUAUACGAUGGCUCUGCGCUGGCGGCCUUUGAGGAUGUAGUGGUGGUGACAGUCCAGUAUCGCCUGGGCAUUCUGGGCUUCUUCAGCACUGGAGACAGACAUGCCACUGGAAACUGGGGCUUCUUGGACCAAGUGGCUGCGCUGCGCUGGGUCCAGCAGAAUAUUGCCAGCUUUGGGGGUGACCCAGACCGCGUCACCAUUUUUGGCUCAUCUGCGGGUGCCGUCAGUGUGUCCACACACGUGAUUUCCCCAUUGUCCCAAGGACUCUUCCACAGGGCCAUCAUGGAAAGUGGGGUGGUCCAGUUGCCUUUCCUCAUCACCAACAUGUCUGAAGUGUUCAGGAAGGUGGUCGAGCGUUCUGGAUGCGGCCAGGGGGACUCUGAGGCCCUGCUGCAGUGCCUUCGAGGCAAGAACAAGGAGGAGAUGCUGGCCAUUAACGAGCCCUUUCAGAUCAUCUCUGGUGUGGUGGACAGCAUCUUCCUGCCCAGGCACCCACAGGAUCUGCUGAUGGCAGCCGAUUUCCGGCCUGUCCCCAGCAUCAUUGGCGUCAACAAUGAUGAAUAUGGCUGGCUCAUCUCCAAGAGCAUGAAUAUUUUUAACGUACAAGCAAAGGCAAUGGACAGAGAGACCAUGAGGUGGAUUUUGCAAGAAACCACUGCCAAGUUGUUUCUGAUGCCUCCUGAGAUCAGUGACCUAUUGAUGGAGGAAUACAUGGGGGACAGCGAGGACCCCCAAACCCUCCAAGCCCAGUUCCGGGAGAUGAUGGCAGACUUCAUCUUUGUCAUCCCUGCGCUCCAAGUGGCAAAUUUCCAGAGUCCCCUCGCUCCAGUUUAUUUCUAUGAGUUUCAGCACCGGUCCAGGUUCCUCAAGGACAAAAUGCCACCAUACGUCAAGGCAGACCAUGGCAAUGAAGUUAUCUUUGUCUUUGGGAUCUUUGCCUGGAUCAACCACGCUGAACUCACGGAGGAGGAGGUGCUGCUGAGCAGGACCAUGAUGAAGUACUGGGCCAACUUUGCUAGAAAUGGGCACCCCAACAGUGAAGAACUGCUCCCCUGGCCCAAGGUGGACCAUGAGAAGCAGUACCUGCAACUGAACCUGCAGCCAGAAGUGGGCCAGGCUCUGAAAGCAUCACGGUACCAUUUCUGGACAGAGACUGUACCACAGAAGAUCCAAAAGCUUGAACAAAACAAGGACAGUCGCAUGGAGCUGUAGUGCUCCAUGUCUGGGCAGGCCACAGGGAGCCUGAGAGCAGGGUAUGGGGGGCUUCCCAUGUGUCCCAUUGCUUCAUGAGGUCCUUCUCUGAAGCCGAGACUGGAAAAACUUCAGUGCAUGUGACCCUUUCUCAGCACCCUAUUGGGCCCUUCCUCAGGUCUGCCAUCAGCCCACAUCUCACUGUCCUCACUCACCCUGGGUCUUCCCUGUCUUGAAGGAAAGUGCUUUAGGGAAUGUUAUCUGUGCCUGACUCUUGGCAAACCCCCCAUGCAUUCAUAUCUAUAAGUGCCUUAAUAAAAAGCUUUGACCACUGGCAACAUUCAAGUUAU